AUGUCGACGAAUACAGAUGAUGCUGUUGAAAAGACCAUCUUUGAUCCAAGUCUUAUGAAUGACGACGCUUACUUUGGAUACUCCGCCUUUGACGACUUUAACCUGCAUCAUUUGCUCCCGGAUACAAAGGACGGUAGUUGGGUCUCUCGCUUUGAGGCUCAGCUGAUCGACUCUUCCAGUCAACAAUCGCCCUUGACAAACACACAUAGCCUCUCCGGGACCGAUUCUGGCACUGGAACUCCAGCUCUUGAGCAACUCGACAAUACACCAGAUGCGCCGCAACUUCCCGUCGCAUCAAUCGGCAAUGCCGCUCCCCCUCCGAAGAUCGGCGCCAGGUUCUCGCGGGAAGCUGUCCGCGUGUUGAGGCAAUGGGUUUCAACACACAGCGACCACCCAUUUCCGAAUGAUCACGAGAAGGAGAUUCUACAGAAUCGGACGGGCUUGUCAAAGACGCAGAUACUAAACUGGCUGGCCAAUGCUCGGCGUCGCGGCAAGAUCCAAGCUCGUCACCCUGGUUCGCCACACUCGCCCAGUUCCACCCAAGCCAUAGACAUUCCCGGGAGGAAGCCCACUCCUGCCCCCGGGGAGAGGAAUAGAUGGAUGGAUCCACUGGCAAGAUGGGUUGAUUCGCCUCCUGAGAGUGAGCCUGCGACUGCGACUGCUAUUGCGCGCGCUGUGGCAUCAUGCGGCUCUGAGGAUCUCGACGGCACGCACUACCAGACAGGCCAUGGCCACUGGCUCUCCAGAGCUUCGUCAACCAGCAGCAUCGGGACUUCGCAGUCGAGCGACAACUCUGCAUACUCGCAACACUCCCGCGACUCUGUGGCUUCUUUCAGAUCAUCUAGUCGCGCUUCACGUCGCCGCAGACAGAACGCCGCCAAUAAACGAGCUGAUAAGAGAACCUCGCUGGUUAGAUCCCUCAACACCUACCAGUGCACCUUCUGCACCGAAACCUUUACUACAAAGCAUACUUGGCAGCGCCACGAAAAGUCCCUUCACCUUCCUAUAGAGCGGUGGGCAUGUGCUCCAAAUGGACCUCGGAUAAUGGAUGACAACGGAGUCCCUGUUUGUGCUUUUUGUUCCCAGCCUUCACCCGACGACGCCCAUUUCCAAUGUCACAACUAUUCAACCUGCAGCGGACGCCCACUUCAAGAUAGAUCGUUCAACCGCAAGGAUCACUUGACACAGCACUUGCGACUUGUUCAUGAUGUUAAGCCAGAGCAGUUGGGAUGCCCGCUGAACCAAUGGAAGCUGCCGAUGCCAGGGAUACGAUCCAUCUGCGGGUUUUGUGGUCUCAAGAUGGAUACUUGGGAAUUUCGAGCGGAUCACUUGGCGGAUCAUUUCAAGAUGGGUAGUACAAUGACUGAUUGGAAAGGAGACUGGGGGUUUGACGCUUCUGUUCUCUUUCGUGUUGAGCAUGCCAUCCCACCAUACUUCAUCGGCAUUGAUCACAACACCUUGUGCCCCUUUGAGGCAAGCAAAGGUCCAUUGGAGACGCCGAGAGACGCCUAUGAGCUGAUCAGCCUGGAAUUGGCCAACUUUGUGCACGUCUACAGUGACAAGUUUGGGGGUCUCCCAACGUAUGACAAGAUGCAGCUUGAGGCGUGUCGCAUCUUGCUAUCGGCUGAGGUCAUCUCUGACCGGGAAGGCUCUAACGCAUCUUGGCUACGAGAUUUGAUUAUUUCAGCUGAUGACAUCCUUCAAGAGGCCAAGAUGAGACCGGUGCGGUCCAUAUUGGAGGGAAAGCUCCGGCGACUCAAAAUUCCUGGAAAGGACAACUUGUUUGAUCUGUGCCCGAUGGAGAGCCAGCUAUACGACUUUAUACGUGCCGGACAGUCUCAAUCCUUCACCGAUGUUGAGCUACAACAAGAAGCCUCCCGCCUCAUCCAGCAAGCCGGCGUUGAAUCUGAUUCAUCAUCUGAAUACGUGGCUUCGUUUUUCAUCCAUUUGAUCAACUCAUCAGCGGCAUGGCUUGCACCUUUCCGAGAGCGCCACAAGAUAAGUCGCACACAGAACACUUCUGAUCUACGCUCAGGUAGCUUGUCGAGGAUCAACUCGAUUCUUCACAACUAUAGUGAGCUGGAGAGAAUACUAUCUGAUUACAUCGAGCUUCUCCGGGCUCAUGGCAUUGUGCCUGACGACGCAGCCCUGCGUCAAAAAGCUAAUGAUAUUAUCGAAGAGAUGGAUGAUGAGGAAUGGAAGUCAGUUGCCCUGAAUAAUGAAGCAUGGCUUGCAAAAUUCAAGAGCCGGCACAUGACAGACUCUAAUACUCAGUCUAACAAUUUCACCUCGGGAUGCCUUCACCAUUCUGAUGAGGCGCACUCUUGGUUGGGCUCUCAGCAAAACAUCAACUCCGACGGCGCAAAUGCCUGGAUGAAGACCAGCUUUCUACUAAACGGCGACUGUUAUUAUCGUUGGAUUGCGAGAGAGCUCGCCCGCUGGGUCGCCAUGACCAUGUCACCCAACAACCCGAACCAGCAUGUCCCGACGGACGAAGAGAUACAGCAUCAUGCCAGGUGGAUAUUGUAUAACGACGGUGAUCCCUGGAACCAGACCGUCGCCGAGAACCCAGCCUGGCUGCGGCAGUUCAAGAUUGACGUCGGCAUCCUGAAGCCAGAACAAGCAGAUUUUGCAGACCAAGAUAACUUGGAAUUUUAG